ACCACAACAUGGCUGCGGCGCCGGGGCUGCUCUUCUGGCUGCUCCUGCUCGGGCCGCCCUGGCGGCUGCCGGGCCAGCCGGACCCGGGCGCCGGUCGGCGCUUCUCGCAGCACAAACUCUGCGCGGACGACGAAUGCAGCAUGUUAAUGUACCGGGCUGAGGCUCUGGAAGAUUUUACAGGCCCGGACUGUCGUUUUGUGAAUUUUAAAAUUGGUGACCCUGUGUACGUCUACUAUAAACUGGCAGGGGGAUCGCCCGAGGUUUGGGCUGGAAGUGUUGGGCGUACUUUUGGAUAUUUUCCAAAGGAUUUAGUCCAGGUAGUCCAUGAAUAUACUAAAGAAGAGUUACAAGUUCCAGCAGAUGAGACAGAUUUUGUUUGUUUUGAUGGGGGAAGAGAUGAUUUUGAUAAUUAUAAUGUCGAAGAACUUUUAGGAUUUUUGGAAUUGUAUAAUUCUGCCCCUGGAGAUUCUGAGGAAGUUAAAGACAAAACUUCUCAGCAUGUGGAGGAGCCUCCUGAAGUGCCUGAGGACAGCACCCCUGAACCUGGCCCAGGAGAACCCACCUCAGAGGAAGGUGAAAGCGUAUCCUCAGAAAACACCGAGGAACUCGGGGAAGGCUACGAGGCUGAGAGCAGCCACCCCCGUGUGGACAGUCAAGCAGAUCGUGCUCGGGGAGAGCCACCUUCAUCGGAACCUUUUGGAGAAAUGCUGCAAGAGAAGUUAAAAGUGCCAGAAAGUGAAGACAACAGAACCAGCAAUGGUUCGCAGGUUGCACACGAACAGGAGACAAUUGAUGCUUAUAAACUUUUGAAAACAGAAAUGACUCUGGACUUGAAAACCAAGUUCGGCUCAACUGCUGAUGCGCUUGUUUCUGACGACGAGACGACCAGACUCGUGACUUCUUUAGAGGAUGAUUUUGAGGAGGAAUUGGAUGCUGACUAUUACACAGUUGGGAAGGAAGAAGAGGAGAAUGAAGAAGACUUUGAUGAGCUCCCACUACUAACCUUUACAGACGGAGAAGACAUGGAGGCUCCAGUGAAGUCUGGAGUUGAGACACAUUCAACAGAGAAAGAGCAGAAUUCACACAAAGAGCAUAAGGUUGAGGAAACUCAGCCCCCUGACAUCCAAAACAAUGAUGAAAACAUGCUAACAGCCUGGGAAGAUGCUAUCUUGUCUGCUGUUGCAGAAGGAAAAGAAAACAGAGGCAUGGAUUUAGAGAGUUCUGAUUCAAAGGAGGAAAAGGAAGGUGAUGAUGUUUUAGUCCUUGAUAGCAAACUGGGGACACCACGAGCAGCAACAGGUUAUAUUGACCCGGAAAAGGCAGAAGAUGGUCUUUUGAAUGUAGACGUUCCCAAAACAAGACCUGGCAAAGACCCAGACGUGGACUCAGAACUUCACAGUAAAGGAAAAGAAAAGAAGGUCGAGGAAUCCCAGGGGGACCUGGUGCAGCAUGAGGUGGGACUGGAGGAUGAGGAGCAAGGAGGCACGGCCGUGCACGGGUCUCCUCAGAGCGGUCCCCCCAGUUCUUCGCCAUCUCCUGCAAAGGGUAAAGAGACAUUAAAAUCAGCCUUUGGUAACAAGGAGAGUGACCUAAAAGGAGCCGCUGUCCAUAUCUCAAAAAGAAUGCUCCAUGAAGAAAAUCCUGGUGAGAUUUUGGAAGAUGGUGCAGAGAGUGAAUCGGUACCUAAAGCCACAAGGAAUCCAGUGGACGAAGAAGAGAUUAAACAGGAGUCCAGGGGCACCACACCACUGCUGGGAGAGCAUCAGCAUAACGCUUCCAGGGGUGCCGUGGAGGAAGCAGAUGUUUCAGUAAAUGGACCAAAACCACACAUGCUUUCCAGGGAGCAUCCAAGUGAAGAACUUCAAGAGGAACAGCUUCUUAAAACUCAGAAUCAGACUAGAUUCUCUUCUCCAGAGGAAAUUGCUCUUCCAGGAAAACUCGAAGAAGAGGGUCCUAUUCUGGGAAGAAAUUUUACCUGGCAACAAGAAAGAGCUGUUUCUGCCGCAGUCAGUAAGCAAGAGAAUGAGAAUAGAAGGGUCCCUGGGGAAGAGGUCAGAGAGGACGCCUCCGACGAGGGGUCUGCCCAUCACCAGCCUGUGCCGACCGCACAGAAGGGAGGAGAAACGGGCCAAACUGAUAGCACAGAAGCACCAGGUUUCCACACUGAAGAACCAGAAGCAGAAGACGACGAUGACACCCCUGAAGAACUGCUAGAGGAUGAAAAUGCUGUGAGUGCAAGACAGUCUAAAGAAAAAAGACCUGAGAUUGAGGACAGAUGGUUAGAUGCUAGCCCGCAGGUCCCUGAAAGAGCUAUUUUAGGUGCCAUUAAUACUGAUCCAGAGAGUAAAGACAACAAAGAGAAGACAAGUAAUAUUUUGGAAAUUGAAAGAAAAAGUGAAACCGUGGGUAAAGGGGUAGACACACUAGGCGGGGAACCAGGUCGUCUGGUGGAGGAAAAAGAAGAAAGCUCUCUCCUGGUUAAGAAAGCGCAGAAACCCUCUGAAGACAGUGACUCUCCUGCCAAGAAAGAAAAUCAGACUCCAGAGUUAGGUGAAGUGUCUCAGAAUAAAGAUCCUGAUUACAUUAAGGAAGACGACCUUGAGGAACAUCUGAAGACAGGGCUCUCAGGGAAGGCUUGGGUAGAACUCUCAAAAGAGGACAUAGAGAAACUCACAGACGCGGGAAGCCAGGGGUCUGCUUCUGAGGACCGCGAAGAUGACCUGUUCCCCUGGGCUCCACAUGCACCUGUCCAGCCGAAGCACAGCGACCGUAUGAAGGACCUGCCCAUAAUAAGCAGCUUCUUUAAAGAGCAGCAGUCUUUGCAGCGGUUCCAGAAGUACUUUGAUGUCCACAAGCUGGAAGCCAUGUUCCAAGAAAUGUCAUCCAAGCUGAAGUCGGCACAGCGGGAGAGCCUGCCCUAUAACGUGGAGAAAGUCCUAGAUAAGGUCUUUCGCGCUUCAGAGUCACACAUUCUGAGCGUGGCAGAGAGGAUGCUCGAUACUCGCGUGACCGAAAACCGGGACCUGGGAAUGAAGGACAGCAGCAUCUUUGAAGAGGCCGCAGUGCUCGAUGAUAUUCAAGACCUGAUCUACUUUGUCAGGUACAAACACGCCACGGUGGAGGAGCCCGCACCCCCGGCAGUGGCACCGCCGGCAGAGGAAGGCUGGGGCGGACCAGAGGAAGACAUACAGCCACCGCUGGAGGAGAACUUCCCACAGGAGGACACAGAAGUCCUUAACUCUCAGGUUCCUGAAGAGCCCAGCCCCUCAGAUCAACCCAUGACCAGUGACAUGGGUACCUCAGAAGUGUCCCAGGAGCCAAAUACUGAGAAAGACAGAGACCCAGGGCUAAUUACAAACGAAGGCACUCCUAUGGAUGCAGUUGAUGCAAAAAAGCAGCUAGAAACAUACGCUGAAGAACCAGCAAGUGUCACACCUUUGGAAAACGCAAUUCUUUUCAUAUAUUCAUUGGUGUUUUAUUUAACUAAGACGCUAGUUGCUACGUUGCCUGAUGAUGUUCAGCCUGGGCCUGAUUUUUAUGGACUGCCGUGGAAGCCUGUACUUAUCACUGCCUUCUUAGGAAUUGUUUCAUUUGCCAUUUUCUUCUGGAGAACUGUCCUUGUUGUAAAGGAUAGAUCAUAUCAAGUCACUGAACAGCAGAUUUCUGAGAAAGUGAAGAAUAUCAUGAAAGAAAAUGCAGAACUUGUUCAAAAAUUGUCAAAUUAUGAACAGAAGAUCAAGGAAUCAAAGAAACAUGCUCAAGAAACCAAGAAACAAAACAUGAUUCUCUCUGAUGAAGCAAUUAAAUUUAAGGAUAAAAUCAAGUCUCUUGAAGAGACUAAUGAAAUUCUGGAUGACACAGCUAAAAGUCUGCGUGCUAUGUUAGAAUCUGAGAGAGAACAGAAUGCCAAGAAUGAGGACUUGAUAUCAGAAAACAAGAAAUCUAUAGAGAAGUUAAAGGAUGUUAUUUCAAUGAAUGCCUCAGAAUUUUCAGAGGUUCAGAUUGCCCUUAAUGAAGCUAAACUUAGUGAAGAGAAGGUGAAGUCUGAAUGCCAUCGGGUUCAGGAAGAAAAUGCUAGACUUAAGAAGAAGAAAGAGCAGUUACAACAAGAAAUCAAAGACUGGAGUAAAUCACAUGCUGAGCUCAGUGAACAAAUCAAAUCAUUUGAGAAGUCACAAAAAGAUCUGGAAUUAGCUCUUACUCACAAAGAUGAUAAUAUUAACGCUUUGAGUAACUGCAUUACGCAGUUGAAUCGGUUAGAUUGUGAAUCUGAGUCUGAGGGUCAAAAUAAAGGAGGAAAUGAAUCAGAUGAAUUAGCAAAUGGAGAAGUGGGAGGUGACCGGAGUGAGAAGGUGAAAAAUCAGAUUAAGCAGAUGAUGGACAUUUCUCGGACACAAACUGCAAUAUCGGUAGUUGAAGAGGAUCUAAAACUUUUACAGUUUAAGCUUAGAGCCUCGAUGUCCACUAAGUGUAACCUGGAAGACCAGAUAAAGAAAUUAGAAGAGGAUCGCAAUUCACUGCAGUCUGCCAAAGCCGAGCUGGAAGAUGAGUGCAAAACCCUGCGGCAGAAAGUGGAGAUUCUGAAUGAGCUCUAUCAGCAGAAGGAGAUGGCUCUGCAAAAGAAAUUGAGUCAAGAGGAGUAUGAGCGGCAAGAAAGAGAGCAGCGGCUGUCAGCUGCAGAUGAAAAGGCAGUUUUGGCGGCAGAGGAAGUAAAAACUUACAAGCGGAGAAUUGAAGAAAUGGAGGAUGAAUUACAGAAAACAGAGCGCUCAUUUAAAAACCAGAUUGCUACUCAUGAGAAGAAAGCUCAUGAUAACUGGCUCAAAGCUCGUGCUGCAGAAAGAGCUAUAGCUGAAGAGAAAAGAGAAGCUGCCAAUUUGAGACACAAAUUAUUGGAACUAACCCAAAAGAUGGCGAUGCUGCAAGAAGAGCCUGUGAUUGUGAAACCAAUGCCAGGAAGACCCAGUGCACAAAACCCUCCGCGGAGAGGUCCUCUGAGCCAGAAUGGCUCCUUUGGCCCAUCUCCUGUGAGUGGCGGAGAAUGCUCCCCGCCACCGACGGCAGACCCACCCACAAGACCUCUCUCUGCUACACUCAGUCGAAGAGAGAUGCCUCGAAGUGAAUAUGGGUCAAUGGACGGGCCUCUGCCUCGUCCUCGAUGGUCGUCUGAGGCAUCUAACAAGCCCCCUGCCUCAGAUCCAGAGUCUGGUGCAGCUCCCAUGAUGAACAGCAGCUCAAGGAGCUCUUCCCCCUCAAAGGUGACGGAUGAGGGCAAGCCAACUGUUCCUCACGAGCCUGAAGGCCCUUCAGUUCCCAGCAGUACAUCUUUCGCUGAGCAUCCAGUAGCAGUUAAUGUGGCUGCAAAAGGGCCCCCUCCUUUUCCAGGGGCGCCCUUCAUGAGCCCCCCUGUGGGAGGCCCUCUACCACCAGCCAUUCGAUAUGGACCACCUCCUCAGCUCUGCGGGCCUUUCGGGCCUCGGCCACUGCCGCCACCCUUUGGUCCUGUUUUGCGUCCACCACUAGGCUUAAGGGAAUAUGCACCAGGAAUUCCACCAGGAAAACGGGACCUGCCUCUCGACCCUCGAGAAUUUUUACCAGGACACGCACCUUUUAGACCUUUAGGCCCUCUUGGCCCAAGAGAGUACUUUAUCCCUGGUACCCGAUUACCACCCCCAGCCCACGGCCCCCAGGAUUUUCCACCUGCACCAAGAGACUUACCGCCUUCUGGCUCUAGAGAUGAGCCCCCACCUGCCUCGCAAAGCACCAGCCAGGACUGUUCACAGGCUUUAAAACAGAGCCCGUAACUAUGACCUUGGACAUUUUAGUCUGAGAGAAAGUGGACUGUGCACUAUUCGUUACAGUAAAGGAUUUCAUUGGCUUCAGAAUCCAAAAGCUUAUUUUAAAAAGGUUUGUUUUUAGAACUAAGCUGCCCUGGCAGUGUACAUUUUUGAGCCAAGCAAUUAAAAAAAUAACUCCCCCCAAAUAAAAUUCACCUUGUAAGCUAGAGCCUCCUUACAACUUUGAAAUGUGCAAUAAAGAAUACCUGUGUUUUAGUUGAUGUAGCAUAUGUAACUGUUAAAUGAUUUAGAAUGUCAUGAAAAAUAUGAACAUUUCCUGUGGAAAUGCUAUAAGAACGUGUAUUUCCAUUUAUUAUCCUAUUUUUAGUGUGUACCAGUUGAAUACAGAGCAAUGGUAUUUAUAAGCUUGAUUUUUAAAAAAAUAAUCUGGUCACAAAGACAGUUAUGCUAAAAAUGUUUACUAAAAGAUCACUAAACUUUAUCUCCCCUCUUGCUGAAGUCCUUUGUAGUAAUAGUUCAUAAAAAUUUGGUUAUUAGUA